AUGGAUAGUUGCACCCUCGACUGGCCCCUACCCAACAAUACGCUUGCUCGCGCAACGCCACUCGCAACCGGUUGGCAGACACCGCGCUCCCUGGAAUCGGCAACGUCGGUCGAUUCCCAGUUUCACACGUCCAAUGUUUCCCUCUGGGGAGACGUGCGACAGGAAGAAGCCAAGCUGCGGUGGGAUGCAGAAGAAGAGCUCAAGAGGGUAUCCAAGGAGCUGCUCCGGCUUCAAAAAUGGGCACUAAUCACCGGCCUCGUGGUCCUCAACUCGGCCCUCAUCACCAUCAGCCUCCUCCUACCGCAAGCAGUGUACCUGUUCCUGGCUCUGCUGAGCUGCAACACCAUACUCCAAGCCGGCAUGGUUGUGUGCAUCGUGGCCAACGUGGCAUGGACCAAACUUGUCUGCGGCUGUCGAAGCAAGCAGAACACGACGCCUGCAGUCCCGGAAAAAAUGGUCCUCCUGCUGCCGUGCUACAACGAGACCAAAGAGGAGAUAGCCAGGUCGCUGGACUCGUUGAUUGCCCAGAAGGGAAUCGAGCAGCAUCCGCGGCUGGUCUUCAUCGUCGUCGACGGAAACGUACGCGGGCCGGGGAUGGAAAAGACAACGCAGGACUACUUCCUGGAGGACAUACUGGAGCCCGGGACCUCGAAGCACUUCGAGAACGGGUACCGCGCGAGAGACGGGCUGUUCAUGCCGGUCAAGACCCGAGUAGGCCGGUACAAAGACGUGCCGUUUGUGUUUGUAGGGAAGCGGUACAACCAGGGCAAACGCGACAGCUUGUGCUUUGCGCGGUCCUUCCUGUACCACUUCAAGAGGCGGUCCGGCACCGCCGUGACAAUCUUCAACAAGGAGCUGUUCGAGCACCUCGGCAACUGUCUGCUGGACAGCGGCCUCGCCGACGUCGACUACCUGGUCGGCAUGGACGCCGACACCGUCUUUGACGAGUUCUGCGUCGUCGAAAUGGUCGAGACGAUCCGGAAGAACCCCAAGCUCGUCGGCGUCUGCGGCCACGUCUGCGUCGACUUUGACGGGCGCAACUUUGGUCUGUGGUCGCUCUACCAGUCGGUCGAGUACUCCCAGACCCAGGGCCUGAGGAGGAUGUUCCAGUCGAGGAUCACGGGCAAAGUCAACUGCCUCCCCGGGUGCUGUCAACUCAUCAAGGUCGACGAGGCUACGUUUGGGGACGCCGUCCUGCGCGAGCGCUUCGGCUACUGCCCCAAGCCCAACGACGUCAUGACGCAGCAAAUCAUGGGCAACUACUCCGAGGACAGCAUCCACGCGUCCAUCAUAUUCAGCCUGUUUCCCAAGAAGCAGACGGCGCAGGCGCUCCGCUCCAAAGCCUUCACCAUUGUCCCGCAGACGUGGAAGGUGUUUCUGUCUCAGCGCAAGCGCUGGGCGCUGGGGAGCAUCUCCAACGAGUUCGUCAUGAUCUUCCGGCCGGGCAUCAUCCUGGUUGAGCGGCUGCAAAGCGUCAUCGCGGUCAUGACGUGGGCCAUUACGCCCUUCAUCAUCUCCGCCGUGGCGCAGCUGAUCGCCCUGUUUGCGAGCAAGGGCGCCAAAGUGUUUGAGGAUGGGAUAUUCGUCGGCUUAAUCUCCGUCCUCUGGGUCAGAUACGUGAGUUUCCCCCACUCGUCGGCACCGGAGCAUGAGGCUCGGGGUUAG